AUGAAGUGCGAUUCGGAUUGUUGGUCGACGUCCCUUCAAAUCAAUGUGUUUCCUCAUGUUCGAAUGCCAAGAGGUUUGAAAUUUGAAAGGCGGGAGCCAAAUGGGAAAAAAAAAGACGCCCAGCUUUUGCUGAAUCUCUUCUUCGCACACCCACGCUGCUUACCUUUCCUUGAAAUGAGAUAUCGACUGGACAUAAAACCGCUGAAAGUAUUGACAGAUACAGGUUACUAUGUAACGCCUCAAUCACAUCUAAUCACCGUUUCCUUUGUCCUUCAAAUCGAACUGUCCAACCUUGGUUUUGGACGGUAA